UGUCAACAGUGUUGCGGUUUCUGAAAGUUCUGAAAGUCUGCCCUCCUCUAUGGUUGGUGCCAGGGACCGAUCGUGGCUGUGCCCGUACCUAGGCAAUGUCAGUCGUUGACAUACUGCGGAAUCGGUAGCUUCCGCUUCCACUGGGCUCGAAAUGAACCGACAUUCCUGCGCGCCCUAAGCACACUUGGUCCAGAAACGUGGAAUCACGAGAUGGCGGAACAAUUGGGUAGCCUGAAGUUUUUUUUACAUCUCACGCGCCCCGUCUUAUGACCACAGGCGGGUCUCAUGCUCGAGAGGCGGGUUUUCUCGUCAGGCUCGCGAGCUGGAUCGAGGAAUUCUCGGAGAUUCUGUGGAUUGUACAACCUGACAUGUCAUAACAGUGUCUCAUUUUCUCCAGCUGACCGCUAAUUGGCCACCAGGCACUAACUCCCACCUGAAAGUGAAGUCAGUGCGUGUGGUCCGUAGAACACCGGGCCGGUCAGAUGAAGUGCUUGCUCGUGGCGAGCGAGAGCGCGGAGGUGCUCUUCUACUGGACCGACAACGAGUUCCUGCUCCGCGUGCAGGAACAGUAUGGAACAGCUCGCGAUGAAGACGGCAGGCCUCCUGCGUUUGAGGACCGGAUCAACACACUCUUCGCUCCCAUCAUCAUCUCCUGCAGCACACUGGUAGACCGCUUGGGAGACAGCUACACUGCAUUCUCCACAGAGAACAACGACACCUAUGUGCUACACCAGUUUGAGGAGUGCCUGUACAUUGCUGUGAACGGAGAUGGAGAGGAGAGUGAGGAUGACCUGAAGAGGAAGAUCUACGUGAUGAAGAAGUUCACAGACGUGCUGUUUGGGAUGGUCACACUCAGCAGUGCCCUCUUUAGGAAGGAGCUGCGUCCUCAGGAUACUGAGCAGAGGAGAGUUCUCUGGCUCCACCUACAGGGUCUACUGGAGACCUACAGCCGACUGAGAGAACAGGACCAGAGCUUCCUGGUGGAGGCUGUGGAGAGGCUGAUUCACCCCACGCUGUGUGAGCAGUGUAUAGAGUUUCUGGAGCGCCGUCUGGUGCAGCAACUGAACUCCAGUUCUGAGAGAGCAGGAGAGGAGGUGCAGCACGCCUUCAUCCUAGUACACACCAAACUACUGGCUUUCUACUCCAGUCGUAAUGCCAGCACCCUGAGCGCAUCUGAUCUGCUCACACUGAUGGUGAUGGUGCAACAUUCACACCCCAGCAACCCCGAGAUAGAUGAGUCCAGCCCUGAGCAUGUUCAGCAUGACACCACGGUUGGUUCAGAGCUCUUUUACACACCUGAGCCGUCUCCCACAGACAGUCAAGCAGAACUGAGCAGAGCGAGCAUUGAGGGUUCUCCAAUGAGCAGAGCGAGCGUUGAGGGUUCUCCAAUGUUCCAGUUUGUGGAUCCGGACAUCCAGAUGGCAGAGGACAGCCUUCAGACGCUGCAGAUGAGUCCUCCUGACCCUGCCACGCCCAUCCGAGUCUUCCUGGAGACGACGCUCAAGGAGGGCUUCUAUCCCAUGAUGCCUCACUCUAUGUACACCCUGCCCCUGUGGCCUGGCAUCACUCUGGUGCUGCUCACCAAGAUUCCCAGCAGUCACAUGGCCAUGUCCAUCUACCACUUCCUGGAAACGGUCACUAAGCUGGAGAAGAGGCUGAGUGACAGCAAGGAGGGCCCGGUGCCACUACGAGGCCACGCCCCCAUCCAGGAGCUCCGCAGCAAGAUGGACAAGUUCAUCAAGGCGCUAGGCAACAGUGAGAUUCAGACAUCACUACUGCAGAAUGCGUGGGUAGAGUUUAAGAACCGAGCCUUUAACAGGGGAGGACCUGGACUCAGUAGAGAGUUGGUGUCCUCCUGUAAGAAGCUACGGACCCAGCUGUGUGGGGUCUUCAGACAGUGUUUUCUGUCCGAGGGCUGCAGGACCCAGCGACUCUCCCCCAGUUUACAGGACCGAGCCCUCACUAUGGUGCAAGACAAGCUGAUGGACUGGAAGGAGUUCCUACUGGUCAAAAGCAAGAGAAACAUAACCAUGGUGUCCUACCUUGAGGAGUUCCCUGGUCUGAUCCACUUCAUCUACGUGGACCGGGCCAUGGGUCAGAUGAUCGCUCCGUCACUCAACAUGAGCGAGCGUGCCAGCUCAGAGCUGGGCAAGGGACCGCUGGCACACUACAUCAAGAGCAAGGUGUGGAGUCUAGUUGGUACUGCGCGACGCUACCUGCAGAAAGGCUACACCACUGUCACACAACGGGAUGGAGAUUACUACUUCUGCUACUUCCUCUGGUUUGAGAAUGAGACGGGUUAUAAGCUGGAGGUGGUGGACAUCCCAAGCCUGCCUGAUGAUUCCGCCCCCAUAGGAAUGCUGGCCUGGGAUUACUACAGGAAGCUGCUGCGCUACUACAGCAAGACCCACUCCAGUGAGGUGGUGAAGUGCUAUGAGCUGCUGACUGUCCAUCUGGGCGUCAUCCCCAGCGACUAUGUGCUCCAACACUGUAGCCAGUUGGCCCGCAAGCUCUGGGAGCCCUCCCGCAUUCCCCUGCUCUAGAAGCACACACACACACCCUUCCACAUUUCCCUGCUGUAGAUACACACACACAAGGGACUGAAAACAGAAUGUUUUUUUUUCGGUUCGUUCUCGUUCCUGUUCCAGUGUUCCAAGGCCGUUCCUCUAAAUGGUAACCGGUUAGAGAAGAACAGUUAAUAACGUUCCUCUAAAUGGUAACCGGUUAGAGAAGAACAGUUAAUAACGCUCCUUUAAAUGGUAACCGGUUAGAGAAGAACAGUUAAUAACGUUCCUCUAAAUGGUAAGCGGUUAGAGAAGAAAAGUUAAUAAACGUUCCUUUAAAUGGUAACCGGUUAGAGAAGAACAGUUAAUAAUGUUCCUUUUAAAGGAAUUAUCCGGAGUAAAAUGCACUUUAGAUCAAUUUACGGAUGAUUGGGAGUAC